AUGGCAGAAGACAAAGAAAUCGGCCAGCUUUCAGCUGUUGAGAACGUCACGGAGCUACACGAGUUCAAGAAUGCAGAAGGCUAUGUCAUCGAUGCCACCGACCCGGAGCACGCCAAUCUGAAACGAGCCCGCGAUGGCCAUACGAUCCUCCUCCCUCAGCCCUCCGGCGAUCCCAACGACCCUCUCAACUGGAGCCGCUUCAAGAAGCACAUCAUCUUGAUCAUCAUCUCCAUGACAGCAUUCCUACCAGAUUAUGGCAGCGCGACGGGAGCAGUCACGUUGCUUCCACAAGCUGCAAUCUGGAACAUGACGCCCGACCACGUCAAUCAUUCUCAAGUCGGCAAUGUCUUCAUGUUGGGUGCUGGAGGUGUUGUUGUCGUGGCGCUGUCGGCCUACUUCGGCCGUCUUCCUGUGCUAUUCUAUUUUAUGGUCCUUGCCACCGCGACUGCAAUAUGGUGUGCCGCUGCAAAGUCAUUCGAGUCGUUCAUGGCUGCUCGAAUCCUCAAUGGUUUCUUCAGUACUGUUUCUCAAGGCGGCGGUCUCAUGUUUAUAUAUGAUAUGUUCUUUUUCCACGAAAGAGCGAGGAAGAUCAAUAUCUGGGCUGCGUUUAUUAUUCUGUCCCCAUAUUUCGGUCCAUUGUUUGCAGCGUUCAUCAUCAGCACUCAGCCCUGGCAAGUCCCUUUCUGGGUAUACGUUGCAGAGACCUCCCUCUGCCUUGUCCUCAUCAUCUUGUUUGUUGAGGAGACUUACUACGACCGCCGAAUCCCCCAGGAUUCCCAGCCACCUCGAGGUAGCCAUAUUUCGCGACUUCUGGGCAUUUCGCAAUGGAAAUCCCGCCACCUGCGCAACUCUCUGUCUCAAGCACUCAUGCGACCGGUCAAGGUCAUCUUGAAGCCCACCGUCUUCAUCUCGUGCUUCUACUACAUGCUCACCUUCGCCUGGGUUGUCGGAAUCAAUACCACCCUCUCCAUCUUCCUCACGCCGCUCUACAACUUCGGCCCCAAACAGAUCGGAUACUUCUACUUCACGCCCAUUGUCGCCGCGUUGGUGGGCGAGGUCACCGGCCACUGGCUCCACGACUACAUCGCGACAAGCUACAUCCACAAGCAUGCCGGCCACUUCGAGCCCGAGGUCCGGCUGCGAGCCAUGUGGGUGUCCACCCCGUUCAUGCUGGCCGGCCUCGUGGGUCUAGGCUUCGCCCUCGAAGACGGCUACCACUACAUGGUGACGUCCGUCUUCUGGGGCCUCUACGUCUUCGGCAUCAUGGUCACCACCGUCGGCCUGAACGCCUACAAUCUGGACAGCUACCCCGAAGCGUCCGGCGAGACGGCCUCGUGGCUCAACUUCUGUCGCACCACCGGCGGCUUCAUCAUCAGCUAUUUCCAGGUGACGUGGGCCAACGCUCAGGGCACAAAGGUCAGCUUCGGCAUCCAGGCCGCCAUCUGCGCCUUUGCCUUUUGCCUGAUCGUGUUUUUGCAGUUCUUUGGUAAGAGGUUGAGAGUCAUGGCAGGCGGUCUCAACUUUGUGACGUCUUGA